GCAAAAUGGCGACCACGGAUGUGCCAGCUUAUUUUGCCUGGCAUAAAUUUCCUGGAAAUCGCGCAUUUAGACAGUCUGAGGACAUAAAGUCUUACCUGGGAAAUAGAUGGAACAGCCUGUCUGUCGAUGAACAAGAAGAAAUUAUUGAUGACUAUUUUGUGGACACUGAAAUAAGACGCCAGUAUCAAGAUGAGGCGUCUGCUUCCGACUUCCCACCAUCUUUCCCCAAACUUAUGAUUCCUAAUGGGGAGAAGAUCAUGGUCGAUGAAAAUGAUUUGCGUACAUGGAGAGAUGCUCACUCGGGACCAUUUUCUUGGAAAAGCAAGAGCCAACAGGAUCUGACAUUGUCAGACUUUGAACCUGAGAAUCUAUACAAACCACCAACAAAAGGUAAAAAGCCGAAAUCUGGCAGUACUGAAACUGAGACUGAAGAGGCUGUUCCCGAGAAACUUGCUCCAGCGCAGUUUGUUUACAGUGAGGACAGGUGGACUUGUGAUCUGCUGUCUGAAUACCAAACCUAUCUGGACACACGGACAAGCAAACCCACGUCUAGAGCCAGCAGCCCCCUUGAAGAGGACAACCCAGCCUUCGAGGGCAGCGUGCAGGAUGUACGGGGAACACCCAGGUACGGAACAUCCGAGUGUUCGGGGAGUAUCAUCAGUGAUCAGUGUCGCUCGGAACGCUCAGGUAGUGUGAUUAGUGAUUCCGUAGCACAUUCAGACACCUCAGAAAAGGCGAAGAAGACAAAAUCUCCAAUUCCAAAGAAAGUCACAUUUUCCAAGUCCGAAAUUGACACUGAGACCACAGAGAAACUGAUCAUCCAGGAGACAGUGGACGAGACCAACAAUGCAUUCUGUAAUCCAGUAAUGGCAAACGAAUGGUCAACUUUUGUUGGUCAAGAAUCACAAGACAUGCAAGACGACUCCUCUCAUGAAGAGCCAGCGACAGAUUUAAUAGACACUUCUCAUGAAGACCCAGUGACAGAAUUAAUGGAGCCUCCUCACCAAGAGCCGGUGACGGAAGAACCCCCAGCCAUGACGAUGGACCGUGGUAUGGAGAGUUCUGACCAAUCUGCGGAGAGCACACCUGACCACACAGCCAGACUAUUGCCCAAUCAACCAGAUCUUAGUGUAGCCGAAAAGGAAGAGGUCAUCUUUGUGGCAGUGGAGACCUCAGAUGAAAGGGAUGCAGCAGACCUGAGGAAGAGUGGAUUUGACUUCCUUGACAACUGGUAACAGCUCUUGAUUGAGAAAAAACAACACUGAAAAGAGACUGAGCCAUUACAAAAAUUAACUUAAGAUGUACAAAUUUUACUAUAAUCUUUUACCGGUAUAUGAACAAUGUUGAUAUAUUGAAGUGAAACUUUGAACUCAAUACUGUUAUCUGUUAUUUCUUUAGGAGUUUUGAAAAUCUAUCUGAAUUUUAUUAAUCGAAAUCAAUAUUUGUUAUUCUGAAUAUUCAAUUUAAAGGACUUCCAGCCUAGUUUGGUUUGUACUUAUCAGUGUAGUUGUUGUAGUUGCUGUGGAAGUUAUUUAUGUUAUGAUAAACAAGAGUCAACUCUAAGGAAGUACUUGAUGACCGAGGAGUUACAUGGCAUGAGACUGAGGCAUCUAUUUCUGGUGGUUACGGCACUUAUACUCCAGCUUACUUAUGCAAUGACAUUUAACCCUCCACCCUUGGAACCAUUGAUGUUGUGCCUUGCUUACUCACAUGUAUACUCAAGGUGGACAAAGUGAGAUUUCCAGGACUUGUAGCCAUGGGAUUUUUGUCUCCCUACACAUGUUGUUUGACUACACGUGCAAUAUGUCUGUGUUCAGCUAACUGAUCAAAAUGUUUACAUUUAUACACUUGGGUAUAUAUUGUUUGUUUGUUUGUUGUGAUGCUGGCUUGACAUCCUGAUGGAGGCUCAGCAUCAGAGAUAUGGGGUCUGAAUGUAGGAAUUUGAAGGCAGUUUACUCUGUCAGCGUCGACAUUUGUAGAUUUCAGCUGUAAUCCUGAGGUAUAGGUUAUUUCACAGUGUGCAGGUGCAUGUUAUGGACUUGUUGAUAUUGUUAUGCAUUUAGGAUUCAAUUAUCUGUAAUAUGAGACACAACUCGUAUGGAGUGGGUAAAGAGCAAUAUCUGAAUGAUGUUGAUCAUUUUGAUACAGAAGUGUCAGAGAUAUACUGGACUCUGUGGUGUUAACCUGUGGUGUGCAAGAUGUAACAUCUGUGUGAUCUGUAAACAUGAUGAGACAUCUAUAGGGAUGUUGGUAGUGACAGGCUGUCUAUUUGAUGUUCUGGAGGGGGUGUGGGUUAUCCUGGAGGAGUGGGGUCUGUGACAUUUAAAAAAAAAAUAAUCUGAUCUCAGAAAUACUUAAAAUAAAUAAUUUCUUCAUCAGGUUUUACCUCCCCAAAAUAAAUAGGUAACUGAACAUUAUAUUCUGUCUGAAACAAAAUCCCCAGGCCUGCCCCAACAUCCCCAGAAUAUUAACCAGUUAGCCUAUUACUCCUUGUGGGCACUGGCAGAUCAUACAGCUAAAAUAAAAUAUGUUCUUGGUCAUUGGGCAAAGCACUUGUCAUUAAAACACUUUUUCUUCUGCCUGAGAACCAGAUAUGGGAUUAUUUUAUCCAUGUAUGACUUUCAAGUUGACUGAUUAAUCCAUUUAUAUGUAGAUCGUCUUUGUGACCAUUGAAUAUAUUUGGCCCAACGGACUUGCCCUAUCACUAGAACACUAUACUUUUAAGUAAUUUCUUUAAAAUCUUUUCUUUCGACAUGAUACCUCUCUGCAUGAAGAUUUGUGGACCUCUCCAUAUAAGGUCAUGUUGGGCAAACUUUCUAUUUAGCCAUCAGCAUUGAGGCUUCUAAAUUCACUUUGCAAGCAAAGCAUACAGACAUGCAUAUAUGAUUUCUGUAUCGAAAACAAAUAUUAAUGACGACAGAGUUGACUUAAGUGCUUGAUAAGAGUACUAGCAUCUGUACCAAAAUGUUGCAUUAAACAAAAAAGAAGUUGUAAUCCAUCAACUCUGCUGUCAUUGAUACUACAGCUUCUAGAUUGCCACUAGAAGACAGAAAACAAAUAUAAUCGUGAAGUUCCAAAUAUAGAAAAUAAAUCUGUGCUAUUAUUUUGUUGUUGAUAUAUGUGUUAAAUCCUGUCAUUCUGAGCACCUUGAGCUCUACACCCUGAAUAGUUCUUGUGGAAGGUAUAUUUGUGUCUUGUGGCAUUUUUCUUUCACUAAGAUCGGAAUUUCCGAAUCGAAGAGGUAAAAAAAUGAAGCAGAAUCCUUUUAGAAAACGGACAUCUGAUUGACUCAAGAACCCGGACAGCCUUGAUGACAGAAUGGGCUUUGUUCAACCAGGGUCCAUCUAACACAACCUGCAAUGAUGUCCUCAGAUCUUUACACUGAGGCUUCGUAUCAGAGUAAGAGGUCUGAUAUUGAUGAGAUUGUACUAACACAGUGUGUAACAUUGUGUCACAGAAGUAGUUACUCUCUGUAGAUGGACUGUAGAUUUAGUUGAAUAAUAAUGGCAUAUGAUCAGUAUUGUUUUGUAAUGGCUAUGAAAAAUAUCUUGUAUGUUGUUCCUUUAGAAAUAUACAAAUAUGUACUAUUACAAUUUACUAUGAUUGAAAAGAUUGGAAUAUGGGUCACAAUUAUUGAUACUAUUUAUGAGUUUACAAUAAAUAUGUGUAUAUCAA